UUGAAUAAGAAAACGACAUGCUUGGAAGAGUAUUCAAAAUCCAAUAAUAUAGAGAUAGUAGUAUUAUCCAAAGACCUUUGCUUUAUUAUCCAAGAUGAAAUACCAAAAUCCCCCUAUUUAAAAUCCCUUGUCAAUCUCAUUUCUCUAAUAUUUUCACUCUCCCUAUAGCCUUUACUACUCCGCCGUGGCAAUCAGGUUAUAUAAUAGUAAUAAUGGCGUCGCCGAAGAGUCACCGGAAAGAGAGCCGGGAGAAGAACAAGAAGGGGCGUUUGUCGGAGAAGGCGUCGUCGUUUCACGGGAGGGACGCCGGAGCUUUCUCCGACAUGGUUCCGCGGCCGAGGACAGUGCCGGACUUGCUGGCCGGCGGGAUUCCAUCGCAUCCGCCGAAGCUAACUAAGUUACUGGUGAACGUGACGAUACAGAGGAGCCCUGGCCCCAUCCACGUUUUAAUGCCGCCGGAGGCCACCGUGCACGACUUGAUCACGGCCGCACUCCGCCAGUAUGUGAACGAGGCGCGGAGGCCGGUUCUUCCGUCCACCGCCGCCUCCGCAUUCGAUCUCCAUUACUCCCAGUUCAGCUUAGAAAGGUUGGAUAAGGAGGCGGAAAUAGUGGAGUUGGGAUCAAGAAACUUCUUCCUCUGUCCCAGACACACGGAAAACGGCGGCGUGUGCGUAUCAAAGGAGGAGGUAACCAACAAAGGCUUGCCUUGCCUCAAAUUCAUGGAUUUUUUACUCUAAAUCAUCAUUAAUUCACUCUAAGCCCACACUUACUUGUUUCACUAAUUCUUUAUACUACUCCCUACUUUGAAAAAUGAAGGUGUAAAUAUAGUUAAAACCAUAGCUAUGCCUAUGCGGUUUUAUUUUAUUUUAGAGUUGGUGUUAGCACAGUGUUGGUGUGCCCCGAUUCUACAAUAGGCAGAGGCAGAGGCAGAGGCAGAGGAUGGAUGACCUUUUUCUAUUUUAUUGGUUAUAGUACCCAAAAAUGUCAGAAUAUGCUGGGCUCUCGGAGUUUGGUAUUCACAUUUUCCUAUCAAAGUAUUGAUGGAAUCAAUUUAGUGAUUCUAUAACA